UCCACUUUUCACUCUCUCUUUCUCUCACACACACACACACACACACUCAAUCAUCAUUUCACCAUGGGCAACUUUGCUGCCAACGAGGGACUUUCGGUCUUUGUCAUUCUGGUAUGGCUGGGAAUCAACGCUUACCUGUUUGUCCAGUUCUACAUGAACUUCCUGACUGAGAGAUGGUUCUACACACGGGUCCUUCUUGGGGAUGCCCUCUCCUGGGCCAGGGCUCCUGCAGCCUGUCUCAACUUCAACUGUAUGCUUAUUCUGCUGCCAGUCUGCCGGAACCUUCUGUCCUUCCUGCGCGGCUCCAUUCAGUGUUGCAGUCGCACAGCUGCUCGACAACUGGACAGAAACAUCACCUUUCACAAGCUGGUAGCUUACAUGAUAGCAUUUCACACAGCGGUCCACAUCAUCGCCCACCUGUUUAACUUUGAGUGGUUCAUGGGAGCCCAGCUGUACAGGAACAGCAGCUCUCUGCCCUUUGUGCUGUCCCAGAUUGGCACCGGAGACAAUGCCUCCUACCUAAACCCCAUCAGGACUGACCAGACCAACCCAACCAUAGUGAUGUUCACUACCAUCGCGGGGUUAACGGGCGUGGUCAUCACCUUGGCCCUCAUCCUCAUCAUUACAUCAUCCAUGGAGGUCAUCCGCAGGUCAUACUUCGAGGUUUUCUGGUACACCCAUCACCUCUUCAUCAUCUUCUUCAUCGGACUCGUCUUCCACGGCUUCGGGCGAAUUGUCCGAGGGCAGACCGCUACAAGUCUCCUGGAGAACAAGCCAUCGCAGUGUGCAGAUCAGUUUGAGUCAUGGGGAAUGAACGGGACCUUCUGCCCUAAGCCAGAGUUUGCUGGGAACCCUCCUAUGACAUGGAAGUGGGUGGUGGGGCCUAUGAUCUUGUAUGUGUGUGAGAGACUGGUCCGAUUCUACCGCUCCCAACAGAAGGUGGUCAUCACCAAGGUGGUGAUGCACCCGUCCAAGACCCUGGAGCUCCAGAUGAAGAGGAAGGGCUUCAGCAUGGAGGUGGGCCAGUACGUCUUCAUGCAGUGUCCCUGCGUUUCCCAGCUGGAGUGGCAUCCCUUCACCCUCACCUCCGCCCCCGAGGAGGAUCACUUCAGCGUCCACAUCCGUAUCGUGGGCGACUGGACCCAGGGCCUGUACGAGGCCUGCGGGGGGGACAAGAACGAGACCCAGGAGGCAUGGAAACUGCCCAAAAUGGCAAUAGAUGGCCCGUUUGGUACGGCCAGUGAGGACGUGUUCGGCUAUGAGGUGGUCAUGCUGGUGGGUGCUGGCAUCGGGGUCACCCCCUUCGCCUCCGUCCUCAAGUCAGUGUGGUACAAACACAUCCAGGAGAACCAGAACGUCUUCACCAAGAAGAUCUACUUCUAUUGGCUGUGUCCUGAGACCCAGGCGUUUGAGUGGUUUGCUGACCUGCUGCAGUCUCUGGAGGGACAGAUGACAGAGAAAGGCAUGGUGGACUUCCUCAGCUACAACAUCUACCUGACCCGCUGGAAAGAGACCGAGGCUGCUCACUUCAGAGUUCACCAUGAGGCAGAGAAUGACCCUAUCACAGGGCUGAAGCAGAAGACUCUGUAUGGGAAACCUAACUGGGACAAUGAGUUUACUACUAUUGGGACAAAGCAUCCAGAGAAAAAAGUAGGAGUGUUCCUGUGCGGUCCCACCCAGCUGGCUGACGUCUUGGAGAAGCAGUGCCUGUCUCACUCUGAGGCUGGUGUCAAGUUCAUCUUCAACAAGGAAAACUUCUGAGACCACAACACCCCUCCAAGAGUACCAAUUAUUCCUACUUUCCCAAAGUUAGCUUUCAAUAUUGCUCAGACCCAGAGUAUCCUCUGGCUUGUAAGCUGUUUCACAUUCCUAAACUGUUGUGUUGUUAUCCCCAACAUAAACAAUCAAUUCUUUUUUUAUGGAUUCUUUGGAUGAAUCAUAGCAACAAAAAGUUUAUCAGAUCAUAGCAACAAAAAUGGAAGUAAACUUCACUGUUCUAAUCAUGACCUUCCACACCCCUCAGUGACAUUUCACAAUGGGUUUCUUGCACAAAUCUGUGAAGAAAUUACCAAACCUACCCGCAUUUACCACAGAGGCUAGAACGUUAUUCUUGUUCUGCAAUACAACAUGCAAACACAGAAACUCUAGUGUCAAAACUCUCUAGUUCCAUUUCCUCCUGUUUCUGGUGUUGUAUUUACACGUUUGUAUAAGCAAAAUAAUAUGCAUAAAGCUUACUUCGUUUAAAAUCAUAUUUUAUUUCCACUGCAGCAGGGAUAGUGUACCAGACAUUUAGCCUUUGCAGCUUUCUUCAGUGUGUAGGUACAGCAAACGUUUGUCUAAAAUGAAAAUGAGCAGCAACAAAAAGCUGUUUGGGAUGUGAUAUUCUAGUUAUCCCAGCUGCAGCUUCUCCUGCUGGACUCAAUAGCAGCUGUUUGGGAUGUGAUAUUCUAGUUAUCCCAGCUGCAGCUUCUCCUGCUGGACUCAAUAGCAGCUGAGAGUUUCUGUAGGCUGGCCAAGUGAGUGAUACAUUUCAGCGACCAGUGAGCACACUGAGACAUGUCAGUCCUAUGCGUGUACGUGUGGGAGUUCAGCGUCUCUUUUUACUGAGGUCACAGUCAAAUAAACCUAAAGUGCUGGUGAGGAAGUCUUGCAGCGUGCGGCUGAUCAACUAGACUGCAUAAAGUAUUGUGAUAACGCUUGGCUAGAGUUGUUCUGCAUGGUGUUGUAUUUGUGCUGCUUGAUAAGUUAUACACGGACAUCAUAAAAAGGUUUAAUUUGAACGUUUAAUGACAUUCAGCUAUGGGUCCUACAGUCUAUUGAUGGCACCUUCCACCCCACAGAAUUGCAGGCAUAUUACUAUUUCUAUGGAACUUGUUAUUUUAUUCUUCAUUUGUUUAAACAAUGAUUGCAACUUGAAAUGGUGUCUGUAUACAAUAUCCUGUGAUCGGUUUACAUAGCAUUUCCUAAAGCAAGUUCAUCUGAUCUGUGAUGUAAAAUAAUGUACAUAACACUGCUUUUCCUCACCCUAUAUCAAGGAAUUGGGACAACAGGACAAAUAUAAGCACCCACCAAAAUAAUGACUUAUUCAUUAUAAGUAAAGCCAACAUUAUAGUUGGAACAUUGGUAUCGUAAGGUAGUAGCUUUGAAGACAAGCUGUCAUAAUAGGAAGAUUUCAACUGAUGCAUUUAAAGUCAAUGAAUAAAGUGUCUUCAGGGUAGACAGCAUUUCAGCCCAUCCAGAGCAUUUCAAUAGAUGCAUUAAAUAGGUCAAUGGAACGCAGACCGUGGGGAUUGAAGGACGCAGGAUUGGCACACAUUCAAUAAAUCUGAUCUAACAAAGUAGAUAUUUGUCAAAUCCAUCAUGAUUGAUGUAUUGUAACGGGCCCACAAUGUGGUUACUAAAGUUCGAUGUGGAUUUAUUUGGCUGUUUUCACUGCAUAACAUUUAGAAGUUGUCCCUUUUCAGGUUUAGAAGAAGUGACCGCUAAAUGCUAACUCCCAUUCCUAUAUGCUGGUAGCAUAGCUAGCAUACAGAAAUCAGUGGUCGUCAGUCCGUUUUUCUUCUUCUAGUAUUACAUUGUUUUUGAUUAUUGCAUUGUUGGGUUUUGAGUUUGCAAUAAAGGCAUUUCACUGUACUUGUGCAUGUGACAUUAAAAAUGUGACUCUUGAUGACA